AUCCAGAGCUGCAUAUUUGGGAUUCCCUGUGCCUGAACGUCUCUGGACCACGCACGUCAUAGUCAUACAUCGCACCUUCAUCCAUACACGACUUGCAUGCACACCGCCUAAGCGAGGCCGUCCCACCCGAGACAUCGCAUUCCAAUGUCUGCUCUCGAACCCGACUCCGACGACAUGGACUACGGAACGCCGCCUGCAUCUCGUCACCUCCGGCCUCGAACCCCCGGCUCACCGCAGACGACCCGGGACAGUCUAUACGACGCUACGUCUACGAUCGACGACCUCACACAAGCACUGGAGAACGUCUCGCGGGUCGCCUCGCCGGAACCUCCGGAGCUGUUUUGCUGCUGCUGUGGACAGGAUGACUGCGAGAACCUGCGGGCUUGGACGGCGACAAAGUCGAGGUUGCAGAGUCGGCUGACGUUGAGCGCUGAGGUCGGUCAGGCUUUGCUGCAGCGACAUGAAGCCUAUGUGCGACGGGUUCAAGGCGAGCAGUUCGAAGCGCAAGAAGCGUCGGAGGAUGAUCUCGAGAAACGCGAGAAAGUGGCUACUGCAGCCCAGGACCAUUUGGACCAGCUUGUCAAAGACAAUCAGGCACUGGAAAAGCGUCUCACCCGGGCCCUAGUCAAUAAUGAGGUUACAGAAGUAUCGAAUAAAACGAUCCUCCAGGAGCUCGCCGAAGCCAAAACGACGAUAUCGCGCCUGACUACGUCGGCUGCGCGUUCUGUGGGAUGGGACACCCGACUCUCCGCUGCGCUGAAGGAAAAGGAGGAUAUGCAGCAGGAACGAGACAGCGAAUCACAGCGGGCGAGACUGGCAGAAUCCCGUUUCGCUGCUCUCAAGGAGCGCACAUCCAAGCUUCAGAGCGAAGUACGACGAUUGCAAACGGCGCUGGAGGAACGCCGUGAACAUCGGCUGGAAUCGUCGGAGACGAUCAUUAUGGACGCUCGUGCAAGAUUGCAAGCGUUGCAUCGCUCCGUUGGUGCGCCUGUAGAGCAGCCUGAGUUGGCUGAGGUGUUAGAGACACUUGUGAACGACAGCGACACUCUUAAGCGGGACAAUGCCGAACUGCAGACUUUGCUGGCGGACGCGCGCGAGGAUUGUCGAGCUUUGCAGGAAGAACUAGAGGAUCAACGGGUCAAUCCGCCACCCAGAAGUGGUGCAGCCACACCGUCGUUUUUGAGGACGCAUUUCCAUACUGGCAGCGUCCCUUCUGUAAUGCUCCCACCGGGGCAUGUCUUCAAGCGCAGCUCCAGCGCCGAGAGGCGCACUUCGCGGCGCUAUGUUCGUGUUUGGGUUCUUCUCCUCCUUCCGUUCACUGUUGACGGUGCGUUAGGAACCCAUGACCCCGGAAACGAAUCGGCGCCCACUUUCGCCCACCGAUUCACUUGCGAAUUCGGAAUCCAGAUGGCCACAUUUGGGCGGACGAUAUCCGAUUUCUCCAUCGCAUGCCAGUUUCGAAGACGUGCAGGACACAGACUCGACGCUGGAACGCCGAUCAUCCCACCGACCGCUGUUCCUCCUUGCAAGGUCACGUGGUGUACAGACAGAUCCAGUCGCUCCACUAGGACUGGUCCAUCCCCCAUCACAUUCGCCAUCUUCCGACUGAAGCGACAGCAGAUCCGGGGUGCUGAUGUUGGCCAUCUGUCGCGCACGACUGUGGCGAGCAUCAUGACCGAUGUGCACAAGCAGCUUCGGGCUGGCGGUCUGCAGGACGAGGACAUGCGUGCUGGGCGUCGCGAUGUCCGCUCGUUUAUGGCUGUGACUCGGGAGAUGUUUACCACCUUGGGCGAGCUCCGGGUCCUGCUCAACGAAGUGGUGCUCGAUCCUGCCAGUGCGAGUCGGAUCAGUGAGGCUGCGAUGGACCCCGGCAAAGCCCGCGACGAACAUCCGUCAGGACCCGCCACUUGGUUCACCAAGUUUCUUUCCGGGGUCACGCCCAAACAGGAUGUGGACAGGAACGGAGCGAUCUCACCACUGGCCGCGCCGAGGCCGAUGAUUGGAAAGUUUGUCCCCAAAGGUCCUGCACUGGCUGCCUCAGCGACCACUGUCAACGUUGAGGUUUCCGGUGCUCGAUCCGUGGCAAGCAGCACUUUCGAUGCAUCUUCCAUUCCAUCACGCGCCGGUAGGAUGACUUCUCCGGCACCAGGCGUUAUGGACAUCUUUGCCGGCGCUCCACGAUCAAAGACGCCUGAUCCCUGGAUCGUCGUUGGUCACCCCAAGCUGUCUCGGAAACCGUCUGCUCUGCUACGUCCCGGUCCACCGGGAUCGCGCCAUCACCCCAACAGGAUGUCGCGCAAUGUCGAUGCGGUAUUGGACGGUGUGGGCACCCCAGCACAUCGAGAGGGCGAUCAUGACAACUCAGACGAUGCCGCUGCUGACGAGGAGCCGGACUAUCUGGGUCCGCUGUUGCACCGGACAUUGCGGAGACGAGGACUGUCCGAUUCCUCGAUACAUUCCACAUUCGUGUCACAAGCUGCGGCUGACAACGAGUCCUCUACUCGGGAGGCGGCUUGGCUCGAGGGCGGUUCUGUGCUCCAGGCAUUGAGCAAACGAGUUCAAAGCUUCCGUAGUGGUUUGGGCGGUGGAAAGGACAGCGCGGACAUGCCUCCUCCAGCAGAACCGACUGCACCGGUGACCAUCUCACGAUCAAACACUCGACGUUCCUCGCGCUCUUCUACGAACCGUACCGCGGAAGAUUCCGGCUCGUCGAGAAUAACGUCUUCCUCUAGUGGAUUUGGUUUCCUCGCUAAUUUCGUGCCCGAUUCCAGCGAUGUCGCGCGCAGUUUGAGAGAACAGGAUGCGGUGUUGUCGAGAAGCUACCGCGCUGUAGAUCGAGUGCAUCAUGACGCAGUAGCUUUCCGCUCUCCCCUUCCUCUCGCCGCCAUGGCCAUCGACGGACUGAUCAUUCUCGACAGCACUGGCCGACCCAUCAUCCAGUCCGGGUUCCGCUCCACACCUCCUGCGUUUCCGCUGCUGCACACCGACGCCUUCAACACCGCCGCGUCCAAGACGCACCGCGCCGGAGACAUUGAGCCCGUGAUCUAUGUGCCGCCGAUGAACGUAGGCGAUCCGCCCAGCGCAUGCUGUCAUGUCGAGAUCGGGGACAUGAGGAUCUUGUGUCCCGUCAGUGGGGAGGUGGACCCUCUCUUUGCCUUUGCUUUCCUUCAAACCUUCAUCGACAUCCUGCGCGAGUACUUCGGCGCGCUUUCCGCCGCGACUCUAAAGGACAACUUUGAUGUCGUGUAUCAAUUACUGGAAGAGACGUUGGACUCUGGGGGCCACCCAUCGACAACGUCUCCCAACGCUCUGCGAGACAUCGUCCUCCCUCCGUCGCUGUUUUCGAAGCUCUUGAGCGUCGCAGGCGCAAACAUCAACACUUCGUUCAAUUCUGGUGCGGUCGGCGGUCCGUUUUCCUCCCCGAUUCCGUGGAGAAAGGCCGGGAUGCGCUAUAAUAGCAACGAAAUCUAUUUUGAUAUGGUCGAAGAGCUCAAGGCCAUUGUCAACAAGUAUGCAAGCUUCAAGAUCGUUCAAAUACCUGCUGACCUGUUCUCCAGAAAUGGAACGACGUUGACCAGGACUUUUGAAUUGAAGCUGACUUCCCGCAUCCCCGGCCAAUCGAUGGAAUCCCUGGUGGCAGAGAUGUAUCUGGGAGACGGUGCCAGCGGAGUGAAAUGCGUGACUUCUCGAGGGGAUAGCGGACGCCGUUUCAAUGAAGGGAUGCCUGCUGGGUCGGGUAAUGGAUCGUGGACGUAUGACUCAAGGAAAGCUAUUGUGCGGUGGGAGAUACCGGUGGUGCCGCCCUCUAGCGUUUGGACUUUGCGGGGCUCCUUUACAUCGCCUUCCGUUCCACGUCCAGCACACGCUGUCCAAAUCCGAUUCAACAUCACAUCGUACACGUUUUCGGCGCUCAAAGUGGAUCAAUUGAAGGUCACCGGAGAGACUUACAAGCCUUACAAGGGUGUCAGGGGUCGUUCUUCCGGCAAUGUGGAAUGGAGAUGGGGCCUGCCUGAUGAGCAACAACAGGCAGUGACUGCCAACUGGUCUGCUCUUACCAUGUCCAGCGAUGUACUCGCUGAGAUUGCCGGGGUGAAGCCCAAGACGUUCCUCGCAGAUGGCGAGGAUACGGAAGUCAGCUCUAUGUCCAGCAACCUCAAGUUCAAAGUCAAGCGAACCUGGGACCACUAUUACUGCGUCUGCCCGGCGUGGCGCAACCAGGGUGGGAUCCCUGUUGAUGCGCGCACAUGCAAACACCUCCGGGAGCUCUUUGGGGAUGAGUAUGAGGCGGCGCGUCUGAAGUGGAAGAACCCAUCCGGUCCCGGACUCCCUGGAUCGAAGAAGCCUGCGUCCAAAGCGAAACCUGCGUCCAAGGCGAAACCUGCGUCCAAGGCUAAAGCCAAGACCGGGAAGCGGCGUAGGGAUGAUGAAGACGACGACGAAGAUGAGGAGGAUGAGGAUGAGGAUGAGAAGCCUAAGAAGAAGGCGAGGAAGAUCAAGAAGGAGAGCAACGAUGACGAUUCGGAGGAUCAGGAGGAGAAGCCUGCGAAGAAGGGUAGGAUGAAGAAGAAGGCAUACAGCAGCGAUGAGGAGGCUGAAUCGUCUGAGGAAGAGAAACCCAAGAAGAAGCAGGGAAAGAAGAGGAAAGUGAGAUCAAGCGAUGGGGAGUCCUCAGAGGAUGAGAAGCCCAAGAAAAAGAAAGCUGCGAAGGGAAAGAAGCGACGGGCCCCGGAAACUGAAUCUGAAUCGGAGGUGGAAGUCAAGCCCAAGCAGAAGAAGAAGACUUCGAAGAAGAGGAAACAUGAGACCAGCAGCGAUGAGGAUUCGGAAUCUGAGGAUGAGAAACCUAAGAAGAGAGGAAAGGCUAAGGCUGUCAAGAAGAGCAAGGGGCGGGAUGACAGCGACGACGAGUCGGAAGAUUCUGAGGAUGCGCCCAAGAAAAGGAAGACGAAGACUGCGAAGAGGGCCGCGCUGAAGCGCAGUCCCAAAAAGGGCAAGAAGGUGGACAGCGACGACGAGGACGAAUCGGCGUCGGAGGUUGAGAAACCGAAGAAGAAAGCGGCGAAACCAGUGUCGAAAGGUCUUGGCCGGACGGCGAACGACGACGAGGACACUAAACCCAAGUCCAAGAGCAAGAAGCCUGUCUCCAAACACAGUGUUAAAGUUGACGACGACAGUGACGACCCAGCUCAAGUCAAGGGCGUUCCCGAGUUAUUACUCGCAAACAAGUGGGAUAUUGAAACCGGGCCGGACCCGACAGGAUGGUGGGUGUCCGAGAAACUGGAUGGUGUCCGGACUUUCUAUAACGGAAAGGGAAUGGUCAGCCGACUGGGAAAUCCGUUCACACCGCCGCAGUGGUUCCUUGACAAACUCCCGAAAGAUAUUACCCUUGAUGGAGAGCUUUUUGGCGGGCGAGGCAAAUUCCAGGACACUGUCUCGAUCGUCAAGACUAUGAAUUCGCCGCAUUGGAAGGAAAUAACCUUCCAGAUCUUCGACAUUCCUUCCGAUAAAGGCGUUUUCGAGGACCGGGUCGCCCAUCUGAAGACUUUGUUCGGACCCGGUGGCAAAUGGGAGUGUGCUGAGGUGAUUGUCGUUGAGCAGGAGAAGCUCAAGAACCGCAAGGAUGUCUUGGAUAAGCUUAAAGAGAUCGAGACCCUUGGUGGAGAAGGCCUGAUGCUGCGCAAGCCUGGCUCCAAGUACGAAGGUCGCCGCUCCAGUACGUUGCUGAAAGUCAAGACCUUUUAUGACGCCGAGGCCGAGAUAACCGGCUACAAGCCUGGCAGCGGGAAGCAUACCGGUGUCACGGGUGCUCUGAAGUGCAAGAUGGCUUCUGGAAAGACAUUCAAUGUCGGGAGCGGCCUGUCAGACAAGCUGCGCAAGGAUCCACCUAAGAUUGGGACCAUCAUCGUCUACAGAUUUCAAGAGCUGACCCGCGACGGUGUCCCUCGAUUCCCUACGUAUGUGGGCGAAGCUAUUGACAAGAAGACAGCGAAAGAUGCGGUUCUUCCCGCCCAUCGCAAAAUAAAUUCCAAGGACAAUGACUGAUACCGCAACUCCAACCAGUUGAUCUGAGGGAAUACCCUCAUCUUUAUCUAUUUAUCUCAUGUACCUGUUAGUGCAAUCUAUGGCCGGACUUCCGCCUUUAAA